AAGGGAGAGUAGCCACCGAUGCAGCAAACCCCCAAAUCUCUGUUUUAUUGUUUAUUCCUUAAAUCUUUCUCUCUCUACAAAUCAUUCAUACCUUUUUUCUUUAUCUCCUGUUUUCCCCUAAAUUUCCUCUCUCUACAAUUCCGUUUGAUUGCAUCUCCAUCUUCUCCGAUCAAUCAUCUGCGGCCAUGGCUAAUGCAGCAUCUGGGAUGGCCGUGCAUGAUGAAUGCAAGCUAAAAUUUAUGGAAUUGAAAGCAAAAAGAACCUACCGAUUCAUCGUGUUCAAGAUCGAGGAGAAGCAAAAGCAGGUGAUUGUGGAAAAAGUUGGCGAGCCAAGUGAAAGCCACGAUGAUUUUGCUGCUUCCCUUCCUGCUUCUGAGUGUCGAUAUGCUGUCUUUGAUUAUGACUUUGUGACGGAAGAGAACUGUCAAAAGAGCAGGAUCUUUUUCAUUGCAUGGUCUCCUGAUACUGCAAGGGUGAGAAGCAAAAUGAUAUAUGCGAGCUCGAAGGACAGAUUCAAGAGGGAACUGGACGGAAUUCAGGUGGAGCUUCAGGCAACAGAUCCGACAGAGAUGGAUCUCGACGUUUUCAAAAGCCGGGCGAACUAAAAGACGAAUGGCUUAAUGGUUUAGAAAGAGAUGUUAAUAGUUUCUAUGAUGAUGGUUUGUUGUUAAAAGAAGUCUUGAUAACUACUGUUUCUGAAAUAUUUUGGCAUGUGUUUCUGUGUGGUGGUGGAACAUGAAUCAUGAUUACUUAUGCUUUCUCCUUCCUUCCUAUAAACUUCAUCUUCCA